CCAAAAUUAAAACUGGUAAAAUAACAUGUAAUAGCAGACCUUCCUUCUUUUUUUAAUCUAAGCCAGAACUUCAACAAGUUUAAUGCAGCUUUUUCCAGAAAAGUUACCUGUUUCAGUUAUUCUCGGAGUAAUGCAUCAAGGAAAAAGGCAAAAACGGAAUGCACUUAAGAUGAAUAGAAAAUUCUUUAUCUCGCGAAAAAUCUUAAAUUAUUAAAUUCGAGUUAAUUUCCCUUUCUGCAAAAAUGGCCUGUAAUUCUUAUUGGCUAUCCUACUGAGUUGAUUCUGUCUCCAACCAGCUUGAUAUGACAUUAUUGCAUAAAAGGAACAGGAAUAGGCACAUAAAAACAAAUUAUCUGCCAUUUUUGAUGAUUUGCAAUAGUCACUCAGCAACUUCACAUCUGUAUGCCUUUUAUAACUUUUUAAAACCUUUUCCAUGAUUUUUCUUUUAAUGUAUGUCUAGACACCAAGAUUUACCAUCUGAGGAUAUUCUUUUGACUAUAUUGGGCUACACAUCGCUGAAAUAAUAUAAUUAUUAAAUUUUGAUAACAUAAAAUGCAGAUACAAAAUAAUUUAGGCGUCAUAUGUUGUCCCAAAAAGUGGUAUUUCGGUGUCAGUUUUUACUGUUUUGGGGCUUCUGGUUUUGGCCACAUAUGGUCCAUCUUAAUGAUCAAAAUCUUAUUUCAUUAUCGUGGUGAGCAGGAUUGGAUGGUGAGAAAAGGAAAGAUUCCUAUGAGAAGAGCAGGAUGAGCAGAGGGAUUCUAUGCUUGAAGUUGAGUCACUUGAAAAAGAUCUCUUUGAAUGUGGAAGAGAUCUGAGCAGAUGAAAAUAAAAUCAGGAAAAUGCAACAUGGCAGCAGCAAUGGAAACAGAACAGCUGGGUGUUGAGAUAUUUGAAACUGCAGACUGUGAGGAGAAUGUUGAAUCACAGGAUCGGCCUAAAUUGGAGCCGUUUUAUGUUGAGCGGUAUUCCUGGAGUCAGCUUAAAAAGCUGCUUGCUGAUACCAGAAAAUAUCAUGGCUACAUGAUGGCUAAGGCACCACAUGAUUUCAUGUUUGUGAAGAGGAAUGAUCCAGACGGGCCUCAUUCAGACAGAAUCUAUUACCUUGCCAUGUCUGGUGAGAACAGAGAAAAUACACUGUUUUAUUCUGAAAUUCCCAAAACUAUCAGUAGAGCAGCAGUCUUAAUGCUCUCUUGGAAGCCUCUUUUGGAUCUUUUUCAGGCAACACUGGACUAUGGAAUGUAUUCUCGAGAAGAAGAACUAUUAAGAGAAAGAAAACGCAUUGGAACAGUUGGAAUUGCUUCUUACGAUUAUCACCAAGGAAGUGGAACAUUUCUGUUUCAAGCUGGUAGUGGCAUUUAUCACGUAAAAGAUGGAGGGCCACAAGGAUUUACGCAACAACCCUUAAGGCCCAAUUUAGUGGAAACUAGUUGUCCCAACAUACGGAUGGAUCCAAAAUUAUGCCCUGCUGAUCCAGACUGGAUUGCUUUUAUACAUAGCAAUGAUAUUUGGAUAUCUAACAUCGUAACCAGAGAAGAAAGGAGACUCACUUAUGUGCACAAUGAGCUAGCCAACAUGGAAGAAGAUGCCAGAUCAGCUGGAGUUGCUACCUUUGUUCUCCAAGAAGAAUUUGAUAGAUAUUCUGGCUAUUGGUGGUGUCCAAAAACUGAGACAACUCCCAGCGGUGGUAAAAUUCUUAGAAUUCUAUAUGAAGAAAAUGAUGAAUCUGAGGUGGAAAUUAUUCAUGUUACAUCCCCUAUGUUGGAAACAAGGAGGGCAGAUUCAUUCCGUUAUCCUAAAACAGGUACAGCAAAUCCUAAGGUCACUUUUAAGAUGUCAGAAAUAAUGAUCGAUGCUGAAGGAAGGAUUAUAGAUGUCAUAGAUAAGGAACUAAUUCAACCUUUUGAGAUUCUGUUUGAAGGAGUUGAAUAUAUUGCCAGAGCUGGAUGGACUCCUGAGGGAAAAUAUGCCUGGUCCAUCCUACUAGAUCGCUCCCAAACUCGCCUACAGAUAGUGUUGAUCUCACCUGAAUUAUUUAUCCCAGUAGAAGAUGAUGUUAUGGAAAGGCAGAGACUCAUUGAGUCAGUGCCUGACUCUGUGACACCACUAAUUAUCUAUGAAGAAACAACAGACAUCUGGAUAAAUAUCCAUGACAUCUUUCAUGUUUUUCCCCAAAGUCAUGAAGAAGAAAUUGAGUUUAUUUUUGCCUCUGAAUGCAAAACAGGUUUCCGUCAUUUAUACAAAAUCACAUCUAUUUUAAAGGAAAGCAAAUAUAAACGAUCCAGUGGUGGGCUGCCUGCUCCAAGUAAGAAAUUCUAUGUCAUGUUAGCACUGAUUUUGUUACUGUUGUUAUCUUGUCAGAUCCAAGUUGAUGAAGUCAGAAAGCUGGUAUAUUUUGAAGGCACCAAAGACUCCCCUUUAGAACAUCACCUGUAUGUGGUCAGUUACGUAAAUCCUGGAGAGGUGACAAGGCUGACUGACCGUGGCUAUUCCCAUUCUUGCUGCAUCAGUCAGCAUUGUGACUUCUUUAUAAGUAAGUAUAGUAACCAGAAGAAUCCACACUGUGUGUCCCUUUACAAGCUGUCAAGUCCUGAAGAUGACUCAACUGGCAAAACAAAGGAAUUUUGGGCCACCAUUCUGGAUUCAGCAGGCCCUCUUCCUGACUAUACCCCUCCAGAAAUCUUCUCUUUUGAAAGUACUACUGGAUUUACAUUGUAUGGGAUGCUGUACAAGCCUCAUGAUCUACAGCCUGGAAAGAAAUACCCAACUGUGUUGUUCAUAUACGGUGGUCCUCAGGUGCAGCUGGUGAAUAAUCGGUUUAAAGGAGUCAAGUAUUUUCGCUUGAACACCCUAGCCUCUCUAGGCUAUGUGGUUGUGGUGAUCGACAACAGGGGGUCCUGCCACCGAGGGCUUAAAUUUGAAGGCGCCUUUAAAUAUAAAAUGGGUCAAAUAGAAAUUGAUGAUCAGGUGGAAGGACUUCAAUAUCUAGCUUCUCGAUAUGAUUUCAUUGACUUAGAUCGUGUGGGCAUCCACGGCUGGUCCUAUGGAGGAUACCUCUCCCUGAUGGCAUUAAUGCAGAGGUCAGAUAUCUUCAGGGUUGCUAUUGCUGGGGCCCCAGUCACUCUGUGGAUCUUCUAUGAUACAGGAUACACGGAACGUUACAUGGGUCAUCCUGACCAGAAUGAACAGGGCUAUUACUUAGGAUCUGUGGCCAUGCAAGCAGAAAAGUUCCCCUCUGAACCAAAUCGUUUACUGCUCUUACAUGGGUUCCUGGAUGAGAAUGUCCAUUUUGCACAUACCAGUAUAUUACUGAGUUUUUUAGUGAGGGCUGGAAAGCCAUAUGACUUACAGAUCUAUCCUCAGGAGAGACACAGCAUAAGAGUUCCUGAGUCUGGAGAACAUUAUGAACUGCAUCUUUUGCACUACCUUCAAGAAAACCUUGGAUCACGUAUUGCUGCUCUAAAAGUGAUAUAAUUUUGGCCUGUGUAGAACUCUGGUAUACACUGGCUAUUUAACCAAAAGAGGAGGUUUAAUCAAUAGAAAACACAGAGUUGAUCAUCACAUUUUGGUACCUGCCACAUAACAUCUAUUCCUGACAGUAAAUGUGGUACCAUGCAGGGGUCUAUGGCUUGUGGUGGUAAUCAUACACCUUAACCCUACGUGCUCAAAAUUGAAUGAUGUGUAUUCCUGAGAGACCCAGCAAUACCACAAGAAUUACUAAAAAAAAAUAAAAAAAAAAAAAAAAAAAAAAUUAGCACCAUGUAUUCAUACUAACCUAUUUUCACUUUUAAUAGCAUUACAAACCUCAUGAACUUAGUGUAUUUUUACAGUAUACUUUUUGAGUUUGUUAAAAUAUGAUGAUAUUAGUGAUUGGUUUGGUUCAGUUCCAGAAUCUCAGACUAAUUACAGAUUUGAUAGCACUUAAAUGUAAUUGAAUAGCUUAUGCUUCAUUGCUUGGGCAUAUGCAGCAUGUUAUGAACUAAUAACUAUUAAACUUGACUUAACCAGUCAUUCAUUAAUGAUUUUUCAAAGAUAACUUAGUGGCCUCCUAAAGACACUUGUUUUGGCUCUGACCAGUUUUUAGCCAAUUUAAUCUGUAUCUAGUAUAAAUAAUUCUCAUUUUUCUUUAAUGAUAUUGACAGAGUGGGCUUUUCCUUUUGCAUAAAGGCUAGUAACUGUAUGUAGCAUGGAUUUAAUUAGUCAUGAUAGUGAUAAUUACAGGCAGAAAAAUUUUAAUCAAAUGAUUAGAGCUUAAAUAUUUGCAGGCAAGUUUUUUUUUCCUUUAAGAAAAGGAAAAGUAAACAUUCUCUAGAAUUCUUCAGAAAAUUUAGUAGUGCCAGUUUCCAUUUGGUAUUUCCUUAUUAAAAUAUUCUAGAAUUUUAAGGAGAUCGAAGGGAAUCACAGUGGGGUGGGGACAUGGGUUUGGGGAAUGACAGAGAGAAGAGGUGGUGAGGGCCUGAUUAAGAACUAAGCAGAAGCAGUUUUGACAAAAAUACUCAUGAAAAUGUUUAGAAAGUGAAAUUUAAACAACUAGAAUAUUAAGGAAACUGAAAUCAAGAAAUCACUGUCUUGCCAACACAGCUACAGAGUAACAUGAUUCAGGGGAGGAAAAGUAGUUCCUUAGAGUUACUUUUAUAAUUCUAAUUUUUUUUAUUCUUCCUCUUGAUUUUAGAAAUCUUACCAAUUUAAACUUUAUCCUAUUAAAAUUAUUUGAACAUAAUUUAGAUAUUGUAAGCUUAAAAUACAAAGGUUUACAGAUAACCUCUUUACCAUAAACUAAUCCCUGGCAAGCCAUGGCCCGCUCGCUCUCUUUUUUUGUUUUUUUCCUUCGUGUUUAAAGGCUAUAAACAGUUUUCUUGAAUGGUCAUGAACUUUUCUUGGUUAGCCCUAGCAUUUAGCUAUGAAGAGAGCUCAUAGGCUUUCAGGUGCUAAUUGAGAUAUGCCCUCGGGGUGCUAAGUUGGUCACGUUGGCACCAGUGACAGGGAAGGCAUCUAUGAGUUUGAUGCUUUUUAUCACACACUUGAGUGUUUAGAAAGUUAUUACCGGUACUUUUAAACAACACUCCAAGAAAAUUUGCUGUAUUUCUUUCUCAUCACUACAGAGAGAAUAGAUUUCCCUAUAGAGAGCAUUGCCUCCAUUAGUAAGGUCGCUGACUGUUGGUAAGAGGUGGACUUCAUAGGAGGCAGGGAAAGCCCAGAAAUGGCAGGAUGACCUGGUGGCUCUGUCAUUGGGAACGGUAUUGGGUUUUGCUGUUUGUAUUUAUACUGUAUAAUAGAUAACUACGGUUUUUCUUACUGUCUGUAUAUGUAUUGCUUUUCAUGUUUGAUAUUUUCCCCAUGCCAAGAUAUGUUUAUAUAUAUUUUCAAUGUUAAAUUAAAUUGAUUUGGGUAGCUUUCUUCCCCAAGAAAGUAUUUUCCACCUUAAGUAUAUAUCUCACUGUGGAGGUUGUUUUGUUUCGUUUUGUUUGAGCUAAUCGGCCUCAAGGGAUCUAUCCUUAUAUGCAAAGUAGAAAUGGUAUACAGUAGCUUUUAAGCAGCUACUCCAUUGAAACCUCUCACCCAUUAAGGCUGUUUCUUCAAAAUGGGAUCUCUUAUUUUAUCAGAAAAACCUUAGAAAACUUCAUGUACUCUUGAAUUCACAGGUGUUUUCCUUUUGCAUCUACCCUUCUUUCCUUCUAUCACAAAGAAUGCGUGAUAUCACUACCAGUCACUUAAAUGCCAUUCUACUUCUUUAGUGGGAAAAAAUACCUGAAUGAAUUCACUUACAGAAAGACAAUUUGACUGAAUUUGCUUUUUACAACUAGUGUGGAAAAUACCAUAGGCAAUUGAGGCAAUCAGUAGAAAUCUCACUAAAAGUUUGUACUCCCUGAGUGUGGUUAACAGCUUAAAUGGCAAGAAUCUAUAAAAGUAGCAACAGUUUAGUGGGAGCCAAAAAGCACUAGUAUAAAUAUCAUACUGGGUUUUUACAGACUUGAUAAAUAUGUACAGAUGAACAACCAUCAAGAGGGUUAGUUACUUGAGCAGUAUAGAGUAGUGGAACUCAGAAUCUAAGAUUUAUCUGGGGCACUUACUAAAAGAAAUGUAGAGUUUUGAAUCUCACUCUUAAAAAUUUGUAUUCCUAGGCUGGGGAUGGUGGCUCAUGCCUGUAAUCCUAGCACUUUGGGAGGCCAAGGCGGGUGGAUCACUUGAGGUCAGGAGUUCAGACCAGUUUGGUCAAUGUGGUGAAACCCCGUCUCUACUAAAACUACAAAAAGUUAGCCGGGCAUAAUGGUGUGUGCCUAUAAUCCAACCUACUCGGGAGGCUGAGGCAGGAGAAUCGUUUGAGCCUGGGAGGCGGAGGUUGCAGUGAGCUGAGAUCGCACCACUGUGCUGCAGCCUGGGCAACAGAGCGAGACUCUGCCUCCAAUAAAUAAAUAAAUAAAAAUUUGUAUUCCGUUGAUUUGGAUAGACAUCAGGAAUGUGCAUUUCUAACAAGCUUUCCAGGCGAUCCUACAGUAAGUAUCUAUGGACAACUUUAAGAAACUCUUCUAUAGAGAAUGGAGUUGGAUUAAUAAUAGGCGAUUUUUACACUGGACUGAUUCACAAGAACCUAAACAGUAGUCCAUGAAGCUGCUCAUCUGUGGUAACUGUUUGGCCCGGUCUCACUCUGAAAGCAGCAGAAGAUGUUAGUUACUUUGUUUCUUCCUCUUUGUCUGGAGAUUCAUUUUGGAAUGAAGGUUUUUCCCUCUAUGCCAUUCCUAGUUCUUUUCCAAAGCUUCAUACAAGAGGAUCAGGUCACAAUGCGUGCAUUACCUUUUAAAAGAAUGCGAUAUUGAUACCGAUGCUUACUUUUUUUUCUGUUUUACUUCUUGUCUUAUUCCUUCCAGGAAGCACAGCUUACCUUUCUGUGGCAUAGUUCUCCUCAGGCGGAGUGUUUCCUGUAACACCCGUCACUGAGUCAUGUAUUUUUCAAGAUGGAAUGAAUCUUUGAUUUAAUCUAAUCUACUAUUCUUAUUUGUUAGAAGAACAACCUACAUGCUAGAGAGAGAGGAGGAAAUAUACCCGUGACCACACAGCCAGUUAGUAUCCAGGUGGUGCUGGACCCAGCCAGGUGUCCUGCCUCAUGGUAGUUAAAUUAUAUGUAGAAAAGGUAAAUUUUUAAAGAAAUAUUUAUUAAUAUAUUCCUAUAAAACAUUUUAAAGGUAACCACAUAAAAAUGGUUAAUUUUUCCAUUCCAAAGUAAAUGCUAAGCAUGCUUAUUAACGAAGCAGUACUUGUAAUUAGUAUAUGACAUUCUGAAGUUAAUUAAAAUCACUGCACUAAAUGUGUCUUCCUUGGUAUAGUGGGGGAUUUGAGGAUUGGAAUAUAGAGUAGAGUGCUUGCUUAAGCCUGGGAGCCCAUCUUACAGCUCUUUAAUGUAAGCAAAGAGACAUGGCCAUUUCUAAACUAUAUAAGGUGAGUGUCUAUUCCCAGCAGAUACAAAGGAAAAAGGAAACUCUUGACUUCCACCUUCCCAGUCUCACCCAGCCUCGCCUAUCCGUCUUCCAACCUCACAUAUGGAGAUACUAGUGCAAGGUGCUGGGCUUUAGGUAAUCAUUUAAGUCCUUUGCAGAUAAAGAAAAAGUAGUGUUUGUAUGUUUGUUUUUAAGUGACCCAAAAACAAAUUUAUAUUGUGUUCAGCAGAAUUGGAGUUCAGGUGUUUAAUUUUAGAACAUCAAGUGCCUGCUGUUUUAAGCAUUAACUUGUAUAAAAAGAAUUGCAUGUCUCACUCCAGUAAGCUUAUGGGAUUUCUCAUUUUUAGCUAUAUGGCUUUUAAUCAUGUAAAGUGAAACAUUAGUUCUGUUGCAUUUUAUUACAGAUUCUUUGUUGCAAUAAAGAUGCUGCUGAAAUUAA